UUGUUUUUUACGAUUGGUCGAAAUAAGAUACUCCACUUCACGCUGAUAAAGUACGCUCUCUGGGGAACGUAACUUAAUUCACGGUUAUAGAUUUUUUUUGGAAGACAAUCAAAAAGGUCAAAAACUACUCCCUAUGUUAGUAUUUUCUUCUACUUGUUGAAAAUAAUAUGACAGAAUGUAUUUCCAAAGUCUACUCUUUUCACAAAUAGUUCUAUAAUUAUUCUAUGCAUAUCMUUGAUAUUUUCAAGUGCUACUAAUCUGUUGCAUAGAUUCCUUCCUUAUUUCAAUUUCUCUAUUAUCUUUUUUAUUUUUUGUGUUGUUGUGAAACACUUAAAGGUCGCAUGAUACUGAUGACACUUACAUCUACCGACAAGAUACGUCGUUAAUUACAUAAAAUCCAGAUAUGUUGCCUCUCAAGUUUAGGUCACUCGAGAAACCUUAUCAGCGUCUCUACAGUCAGUUGCAUUUUGUACUGUUCAACACCGCGCUCCAAUGAGGGGUAACGCUGUGGUUUCUGGUAGGGUUGGGAUGUUUUACUUGGCUGUUUUMAUCCAUCUAGUUAUAAUUGGCCACUGUGUUGGAUACUCCUCCCAUGAUGCUACUGCGAAAAUCAGUAACAAGCUUGGAAUCCAACUCUACAAGUUGUUAUCACGCGAACAUGGUAACAUCUUGCUGUCUCCUCUUGGUAUGACUCUCGCUCUUGGCGCUGUGCGCGUUGGAGCCAGAGGAAUUGUGGCGAGGGAAGUCGACCAAKUGGCUGGAUGGAGUCCMAGAACCAUCCACCGGCAGCUAAAGAGCCUCCGAAGUCAAGUUACCGUGAGACGAAUCGAUAAUGUCCAUUUGAAAAUAAGGAACGCUCUACUGGGAUAUCAUGUUUUGGGUUUGCGUGCAAAGUAUCGUAAAGUUAUAAGCUAUUAUGGUGCGAAAACUGCAAUCAUGACGUCGACGGAAAUACAGGAGUAUUUUAAUAACCGUGAACACUUUAAAAGGAAGCAGGAGUCCGCUGAAAAAGGACCAAAUGUAUUUUUUGUCAAUGAARUGAAACUUGAUGCCGUUUGGGAAAUCCCUUUCACUGUGUUCACUAAGUCACCGUUUUACAUUCCUAGACAGAAUGGUGUAUCAGAUAAAGUCGUUCAAGCGCUUUACGUUGGAUUUAUGUCAGAUGAAAAUCAGCUCAAUUACUUUGACGAUAAAGAAAACCUCUGCCAGGUCAUCGAACUGAACUAUGGGAAGGCUGGUCGUCUAGGAGACAUGUGGGACCCUCGUUACAAUCCCGCCGAUAUCUCCAUGGUGAUAGCUUUGCCAAAUAAGGACAUUCCCCUUCAAAAUCUAGAAAACAGCUUGACUAUUGAUAUGGUUAACACAUGGCUGUCCCGGAUGAAACCAACGAACAUCGAUGUAUCGAUUCCUAAGUUUAACGUCUCCCGCUUUAUAGAUGYCUCACUGUUGUUCCAAAAACUACGAGUUCUCAAUCCAAAAUCCAAAGCUGCUGACCCAAAAAAUCAAUCGAUGAUCCGCUCAAUAUGGCAGGAUGUUAAUCUCGCGGUCACGGAGACUGGAACUAGAGCCGAAGACCCACCCGAUGUGCUAUCGAUUGUUUUGYUGUCCAAGUCAAAGGUGUUUCAUGCUGAACGACCAUUUUUGUUUUUAGUUCGAGAUAAAGUUACCGGUGCUAUAAUGUUAGCAGGUCGUAUCAUUAACCCCAUUCAAUAGGAGGUACAAUAUCUGACUUAGAGGUAGCUGCUAGUAAUCAYUGAAUUAGAAUAUUGUUGAUACAG